AUGCAAAAUCUGUUUGGCGGUGGAGGAGGACAACCAAACCAAUAUCAACCUGGUCCACCUGCAGGAGGUUCUGCCAUGCAAAAUCUGUUUGGCGGUGGAGGAGGACAACCAAACCAAUAUCAACCUGGUCCACCUGCAGGAGGUUCUGCCAUGCAAAAUCUAUUUGGUGGUGGAGGAGGACAAUCAAACCAAAAUCAAACUGGUCCACCUGCAGGAGGUUCUGCUAUGCAACGUCUAUUUGGUGGUGGAGGAGGACAACCAAACCAAAAUCAAACUGGUCCAUCUACCGGAAUUUCUGCCAUGCAAAAUCUAUUUGGUGGUGGAGGAGGACAAUCAAACCAAAACCAAGCUGGUCCAUCUGCAGGAGGUUCUGCUAUGCAACGUCUAUUUGGUGGUGGAGGAGGACAACCAAACCAAAAUCAACCUGGUCCAUCUACCGGAAAUUCUGCCAUGCAACAUCUAUUUGGCGGUGGAGGGGGACAACAAAACCAACAUCAAACUGGUCCAUCUGCGUUUAGAGGAGACGACGAGGAUGACAAUGUUUCUCGUCUUGAGUUAGAAUAUCCUAUUGAAAACGUUCACGUGGCCCCGGAGAUUUCGUCGUCAGUAGCCAUGAAAGUCAAUGAAGCUGUAGAAAAGGAUCGUUGGGGACAUCAUUAUCGCGCAAAUCGUUUUAUCUAUGAACCCGUGCGACAACAACUAACAUUCGGUACAGGAGAAUAUAGUCAACGUAAUCCACAAAUGGGUGAAAGACAUAUACAUGAAAUACCUUAUUAUAACUCUAAUUCAUCAACCAAUGAAUCAUCACCAGACGAUGAACAUUACACAGCAAUACGUCAUCGGAAGCGAUUAAAAAAUACAUCAAGACGAAGAAGAAGAAGACAUCAUCAUUUUGAUUUCAAUAAUAGUCUUCCCCUUGAUGCCUAUUAUGCAAAUCCGUCACUAUUGAUACCGACUACAGAUCCCGUUGGACAAUUUAUAGAACAGUUAAUUCGUACGCCAGGAACAAUCAUAUGUAAACCAAAUAGUACUUUUGACUUAAAUAAUCAAUUAGUACAGCCCACGAUUUGGCCAAACGAAAUCACACAUGAUACUAAUUUACCGGUAAAUCAUUAUGUAGCACACGCAUUGCCAAACGAUCCAAUGCGAAUAUUUUAG